AUAAAGUAAUAAAAGUGUCCCCGGAUGCCAUGUGGUGGAACCGUGGAAGGGAGGAAAAGAGAACCGAAAACUCUCACGCUGUUUGCAACAACCACCUUUUAUAUUAGCAUUCGGCCUCGAUAUUUUCAGUGACCACAGUCAUCCCGCUUCUUCAAUACUAGAUAGAAGACUGUAGGGACUGACAAGACAGAAUGAGAGCGGCGCAAUUCUUUGGGAAGGGUGAUAUCAGAGUGGUUGACGUCUCGAAGCCUGUGCGAAAGGAUGGCGAAGUCCUGAUUGAAAUCGAGAACUGCGGCGUAUGUGGGAGCGACCUGGCGGAAUUCACGAUGGGGCCGGUGGCAGUCCCAGUCCCUGGAAGACCCCAUCCGCUGACAGGAGAGACACUGCCAGUCACGAUGGGGCAUGAGUUCUGCGGACGAGUCAAGGAAGCUCCCGCCAAUUCUUCACUAAAAGAAGGGCAAGCCGUAAUGGUCGAUCCACGGAUUUACUGCGGGUCAUGCACCAGAUGUCAGUCGUCGGCCACGAACAACUGCCACCAGUUUGGCUUCCACGGACUGUCCGGUGGAGGCGGAGGGUUCUCAGAGUUUGUCACGGUAGAUGAGAAAAUGUGCUAUCCUCUUCCAGACUCUGUUCCGUUGGAAUACGCCGCUCUCAUUGAGCCGUUGGCUGUUGCUUGGCACGCAGCGAAGCAGGCGGACCUGCCCGAUUUCAAGGGCAAGACUGUCCUCAUUAUUGGUGGCGGCCCCGUAGGAAUCGCUAUGGUCCAUUGUCUGAAGCAUUUUAGGGCGGACAAGGUCAUCGUUUCUGAGCCGACUGCGACAAGACAGGCGCAGAACAGAACAAUCGCUGAUGUUGUGCUUGACCCGAUUACUCAGAGUGUACCCGACGAAUGCAGAGCGCUGACCAAGGGUGUCGGAGUGGAUGUUGCCUUCGACUGCUCUGGAGCCCAGCCUGGAGUGGAUGCUGCAAUGGAUGCGUUACGCAACAGAGGUCUUUUUAUCAACGUUGCUGCAAAACCAAUCGUCCCUCCAUUUAUGCACUGGAUUCUCAAGGAAAUCACCCUAAAAUGCACCUUAGCAUAUGAUGACAAAGACUUUGGAGAGGUGGUCAAUGAAUUCGCCAAGGGAAGCUUUAAUGUUAAGUCAAUGGUAACAAGCCGGAUCUCCCUAGAAGACGCGCCAAAGGCGUUUAGCGAAUUGGUCAACAAAAAGGACGACCACAUCAAGAUUUUAAUAUCGCACAAAUACUGAUAUUGUUGUUGUGAAGGAAUUACGGGCAGGGGCUGGGUUAGGAAUUAGGAAGGGUGCGAGUAUGUAUCCUCGUAGCAUCGAAUACCUCUAGUAUGACUCGGCGAUAUAUUACCCCUGAGCAGAAUAAUUACCUUGACCGCCCGUCAUUUGAUAAGUCCGGG